AUGACUACUUGUGAACUACGUGAUGAUAGAUCAAAUAUUAGUUUCAUUCAUGAUACUCACGUUUUAUCAAUAUUACAACUUUCACCUAAUCGUGAUCAACAAGUCUUUCGUAAAGCAUUUAUUCAUUCGACAGCUAUUCUAUUUGUAAUAGUAUGUGGCAUAUGUGCUGUACUUGUUUAUUGCAUAUUAGAACCAUUUAUACAGAGUAUUCUAUGGGCUAUACUUACUGGUGCUUUUCUAUUUCCAUUUAAAAAUCAUUUUACUUCAAUAGCUCGAUAUCAUUUACAAGAAUUAGAAACAAAUUCACAUUUAUUAUUCUAUGGUUUAGUUAUUAUUUUACCUUUUCAAAUACUUGAUAAAACUAUUGAAUCAAUUGGUCCAUUAUGUAUAGAUAAAUGGAAACAAUUAAUAUUAAUUAUUAUUUUUCUACCUUCUAUUGAAUUUCUUCAAUCCGGUGUUGUUUAUCGUUGUAUAACGACAAUAGGAUAUGAUUAUUAUAUUCUAUUUGAAAGACAUAUUCAUAUUUUUGAUUCCUUAUGGGUGAUAUUAUUUGUUAUAAUCUAUUUCUUAGCUGUUUUAACCGUUUAUAAUAGUUCAUCAGUAAUAAAAUCUAUUCUCAAGAUAUUUUCAAUACCUACCUGGUUUAUUCUAUUUAUUUAUCUUUCACAAAUCUUUCCGUCUCAUUAUCGAUUAAUAGUAGUUACUCUUACAAUCAUUUUAAUAUUCAUCGGUUAUAUUGUUGACCAGAAUAUGACUCGAUCUCAUCGUUCUCAAGUGAAUCAAUCUCAAGAACCAAUACUCAUUCAUACGAUCAAUAGAUUUGAACGUAUUAGAAAUUAUUUUCAUAUUAAAAGUACAUUAUCUAAUAAUACAUCAUCAUCAUCUUCUUCUUCAUCAGCACCAUACUUUUCAUUUGUAAUAUGGUCAUUUGUAGCUAUUAAAAUUUAUCAAUUCUAUUGGUAUCUUAUACCAAUUUCAAUUUUUGUUAUUAUCUAUAAAAUUAUUAAAUAUUUUCUACUGUAUACAUAUACUUAUUUGAGUCAACAAACACAUGUUCAACAUAUUAUACAACGGUUUAGUAAUUUCUGGAAAAUUCGACGUAAUGUUUUAACACCAUUACCGUAUCAUAGUUUUAUUCGGUUUUUUAUAAAAGGUGAUAAAAAAAUGAAUUAUAUUUUACAAGAAUCAAUUGAUUAUCUUGCUAGUGCAUGUAUUAUUAUAGCAUUAUUUAUUCUUAUUGCUUUUGGAACUAUACUACUUCUUAUACAGAUUCAUCAUGAAAGCAUACAUAUGAUUAAAUUAACAAGUAGUUUUAUAAAUGAAACAAUUGUACUACAACAUAUACUACCAGAUAAAGAACAUAUGAGUCAUUUAAUGGAUACAGCUGUUAAUAAAUUCUAUACUUCUGGAAGACGUUGGAUUACCACACAAGUUGCAAAAGUCCAGCCACCUCGUGUUGAGCCUCAAUGUUGUCUUCCAUUAAGUGUUACAUCAGAUGAAUCACACUAUAUGCCUAUGAAUACAUUUGGUCCCGGUAGUUUAUCAAAUAAAAAUCUUGAAGAACAGGUAUUGCAACUAUGGGAUCGCCUUUAUACAUAUGUAACAAAUACUUCAACAUUAUUUAUAUCACAUAAAAAUCGUAGUAGAAUAUUAAAUAUAUCAUCAAGUCAAAGUUUUCUUUCACCAAACUUUUUGAUAUAUAUACAAACAAAUUUUCAAUAUCAUCUAAAUGAUCUUUAUCAUCUUAUAUCUGAUAAUAUUGAUUUAUUACGUACUAUUCUUGAUUCAAUUUGGUCCAAUGCUACUCUUUUAUUAACUGUAAUUUCAACUAUUAUUUCAUUAUUAUUUACCGGUGGUUUUGCAUUAUUUAAUUUUCUUAUCUCAUUUAUUGUUUUCAUCACUUUACUUUUUUAUCUUCUAUCCAAUUCAACUCAACCAAUAUAUCGACCAACAGUAUGGCUUAAUAAUAUAUUAGCCAUAGGUGGUUCAGGUUUAGGUCAAGCUGUUAAUGAUGCAGUAACAAGUGUAUUUAUUGCAUCAUUAAAAAUUGCUACUUUUUAUGGUCUUUAUACAUAUAUUAUACAUACAUUAUUAUGUUCAAAUCUUGUUUUCUUACCGGCAAUGAUUGCAUCUAUAUGUGCUGUUACUUUGAAAUCCUAUUGGGCAGCAUUACCAGGUUGUCUUGAUUUAUGGCUUGUACAACAACGUCCAUUGAGUGCAUUGAUAUUAUUGCUUGCUCAAAUUGUACCGGUUUAUAUUGUUGAUACAGCUAUAUAUAGUGAAGUUAAAGGUGGUGGACAUCAGUAUUUAACGGCAUUAGCUAUUGCUGGUGGAGCAUAUUAUCGAGGUAUUGAAGGUGCAUUAAUUGGUCCAAUUAUAUUGUGUUGUUUAUUAGUUGGUAUUCGAAUGUAUAAUGAAACAAUAGCUACAACUUUAUUAUCAAAUUCUCAGCAAUCUCCAGUUAUAUUAAAUAAUAUAAAACAACGUCUCAAUCGUUCAGCUAGUUUACAAUCAGUAAUGACAAGAAAUGAUUAUGACUAA